GGGCCCCGGGGAUGUGGUGGGGGCGCUGGGCUCUCCGCCUCACUCGCAGCUGCGGGGCUCGUGGACCUCUGACCCUGGACUGUCGCCGCCGCCGGCAGCAGCCCCGGUGGGUCGUCGCUCGGGCCGCUCAUGGUUCCCCAGCCCUUCGGGGCCCUGCCGGCCGCGGUGCAGGGAGCGGGCAGCAUGAGCCGGGGGACCCGGCGGGCCGGCGCGGAGCGGGGGGCGGCCGCGGUGCGGCUGCUAGUCACCCUGAGCCUCCUCCGGGGCGUCGUCGAGGCCCAGGUCAUCGGAGUCCUGGAUGAUUGCUUGUGCGAUAUUGAGAGCAUCGAUAACUUUAACACCUUCAAAAUCUUCCCCAAAAUAAAAAAACUGCAAGAGCGAGACUACUUCCGUUAUUACAAGGUCAAUCUGAAGCGACCAUGUCCUUUCUGGGCUGAGGACGGCCACUGCUCCAUCAGAGACUGCCACGUGGAGCCCUGUCCGGAGAGUAAAAUUCCUGUCGGAAUUAAAGCUGGGAGUGCUAAUAAGUACUUGAAAGCGGCCAACAGCACCAGGGAACUGGAAGACUGUGAGCAAGCUAACAAGCUGGGGGCAAUUAACAGCACAUUAAGUAAUCAAAGCAAAGAAGCUUUCAUUGACUGGGCAAGAUACGAUGACUCACAGGAUCACUUUUGUGAACUUGAUGAUGAGAGGUCUCCAGCCGCCCAGUACGUGGACCUGCUGCUGAACCCGGAGCGCUACACCGGCUACAAAGGGCCGUCUGCGUGGAGAGUGUGGAACAGCAUCUAUGAAGAGAACUGUUUCAAGCCUCGAUCAGUUUAUCGUCCUUUAAAUCCCCUGGCACCCAGCCGAGGAGAAGAUGACGGAGAAUCAUUCUACACCUGGCUAGAAGGUUUGUGUCUGGAGAAAAGAGUCUUCUAUAAGCUUAUAUCGGGACUUCACGCUAGUAUCAAUUUACAUCUCUGUGCAAAUUAUCUUUUGGAAGAAACCUGGGGUAAACCUAGCUGGGGACCUAACAUCAAAGAAUUUAAACGCCGUUUCGACCCUGUGGAAACCAAGGGGGAAGGGCCAAGAAGGUUAAAGAAUCUGUACUUCUUAUACUUAAUUGAGCUGCGAGCUUUGUCAAAGGUGGCCCCGUAUUUUGAGCGCUCGAUUGUUGAUCUUUACACUGGAAACGUGGAGGACGAUGCUGACACAAAGUCCCUCCUCCUGAGCAUCUUCCAGGACACAAAGUCCUUUCCCAUGCACUUUGACGAGAAGUCCAUGUUCGCAGGUGACAAAAAGGGGGCCAAGUCUUUGAAGGAGGAAUUCCGGUUACACUUCAAGAACAUCUCCCGUAUAAUGGACUGCGUCGGAUGUGACAAAUGCAGGCUGUGGGGGAAAUUACAGACUCAGGGUUUAGGAACCGCCCUGAAGAUACUAUUCUCUGAAAAAGAAAUCCAAAAGCUUCCAGAGAACAGCCCGUCGAAAGGCUUCCAACUCACUCGUCAGGAAAUAGUUGCCCUUUUAAAUGCCUUUGGAAGGCUCUCUACAAGUAUAAGAGAGUUACAGAAUUUUAAAGUCUUAUUACAACACAGUAGGUAAUAAAGGCUUAUUAUAUGUCUAAUUAGAGACAUAAAGAGACUACGUGAGAACUUUUACUCCUGGACAUUCAGCAAAAGGAGACUAAUCUUCAAAGACUUCAAGAAUUCUGAACUCUUAAAGAGAAAAUUCAAAUGUUCACUUGAAUAUUUAUGAUUCUUAAUAGACUGUCAAUUAGAGGUAUUUAUAAAAGAAGUAUAUACUUUUAAAACAUGUAAGUUAUGCUAAUUCUGUGUUUAAUUUCAUGUUUCCAUCUGUUGAAUAUUCUAUUUGUUUAGAAUUGGCUUUGUUCUUGUUGGAUUAUGCUUUAUUUCCAGUUGCCAAACUGAAAUGGCCAUGUCUCCAUCCUAGUAACGCUGUCAGCAGUCUGUUGGGGGAGGGGGGAGCUAGGGAACAAGAGUCGUUUGGGGCCCGUCUCAGGGUGACAGUUCAUCGUGGCUCUGACGUGUGGGCAGCCGUGCCUGGUUCGGUGUCACCCUCUAGGAUGUCCAGGUUGUUUGUGUGACCAGUGACCCUCUCAGUGUGUGGUUUCAGAAGCUACUGAAGCAGCGCAGGACUUCAGCUUCAAUUUCGUUGGUUUUUAUCUCAGUUUGUAGUGGCUGUUGUAGUUUUGGUUUGGUCUCAAGGACCUUCUGCAGUGAAGGUAAGUGAGUGCUGCCCCUUGUGCCACCCAGACCCAUUUCCUGUGUGGAGAAGGCAGCUGGGGGGAGGGGCUCUUUACUCAGAACCUGGACGUGAGUUUCUUUUGAUUUUGUGUCGUUGUUUCUAUUCCAAUUUCAGAAAUUUUCAUUUACUCUAAAAGAGAACAAAACAAAAACUGUAUAAAUAUUUAAGUUUCCAUCUUGAUAAAAAUUUGAAUGGGAUUUUAUGGGUUUAUAAUGCCAAUUUAAAACAUAAUAUGCACAAAAUUUAACUACUUUAAAGUAAGCAUUUUUAAAGGAUUUUAUUUUAGAACACAAUCUAUGCAAUCCUCUCAAUCUGAUUUUCCUUGGUGGGGGAUUUAAGCAGGUAGAGUAGUUCACGACUCUUAAGCGCCCCUCCCCCACUUUUCUCCGUAGCUCUAGUAUGUGAAUGGUACUUCAGGUGAUUCGUACCAACAGAUGACUCAUUGGUCCUCUCCAGUCCUUUUCUAAACCUUGAUUUAAAUAUCCUCAAUAUUUAAAAUAUUGAUUCUUUAAAAAUAUGUUAGUAGAUGCAAUGUUAGUAGAUGCUAGUAGAUGCAGGGUGGUUAAUUUGGAAGGUUGCAUCUACGUGGAAGUGACAUGGGUACAAAACAGAGUCUCUCCUUAGACUCUUCAGUCUUAUGAAGUAAGUGCUCUUAAACCCAUUCCCUUCUCCUGCAAAAGUCUGAAGUGUGUUCAUUGGUGUAGUUGUGCAUUUUUUAACUGUGUUUAGUUGGCUUUCCCCUCUUUUAAAAAUAUGUAGUCACCCUUGGAGGGAGGGAUGUGGUUGGACGGAGGAGGGUCUCACUGGCUAAUUAUUUUCUUAUCCAAUUUCUAAUCUUUAUAGAGCUGGGUUUUUGUUGUUGAUGGUGAUGUUUUUCUAUUUGAAGUCAGAUAAAACAGGCUGGCUUGAUUGGAGCCUUCUCCACUUUUUCUUUUCAUUUUUAAGGAUGCAAGUAUCACAUAUGGUGGGAGAGGGGGACCUUCAGGUAAAUGUGAAGUGAAUAAGUAAAAUUGAUGGUAAAUGAAUAAGAAUUAUUCUUAGUGUUCAUUCAGAGUUUAAGAAAAUGUGAAUUUUGUACUUUGUCUAGUUUUACUGUAAGUUUAAAAAUCUUUUUGGUAGUGUUUCUUUGGUGUUCCCUCGGUUAAAGGUAAAACCUAUUAUUUAAACUCUUACUGGAAGAAUUCCUUGGCCAUUCCCAUUUAUUGCUUUUUUCUCUUUACUUCUUUGAUUUGCUUCAAGCUUAGG